ACAGAGACAGAUAUUUUGAAUGAUCUUACUCACGAUAAGGCAUGGAAGGAAAAUGUGGUUGAGUUGAAAAAAGUAGCAAAACGAAUACUUAGCAUACACAUGUCCCGAAAUGAACAAAAUGAAGGAACCUAUAUAUCAGAUGUGAUUAUGCCUUUACUUAGAGCCACUUUAAGAAAUUUGCCAAAUGGACAUAUUUGUUUAAGUACUGCUGAGCGUUUAGCAACACUAGAAAAGGGCGAAGGAAAGCUGGUAGAGUAUCUUUAUUUAGAGAGUUCACGUAUUUUCUGUAAUGAUACUAAAAAAGAUGAUAAUGAGACAAAAUUAUGGAGAGAAUUGUUGAAUGGGAUUAGUAUUGUGAACAAAAGUUUGCUCAUUCAAGCAUUAAAGCAGUCUAUUUCACAUCCACCUCGUAAUGUUCACCCAAGUCUCACUGUCUCUUCACCACGUAGGGACAAAAAUGGCCUAAGAAAGAUAGUAAAACCAGAAGG